CGCCAAUUCUCUCUCUUGAUCGCUCAGUCACGGUCUUCAGCUCAUGGAAGAAAAAUCAAGUACCGUGGAAUUUCAGUCACUGGGUGAUACUUCAAGUUGGCGUUUCACAUGGACAAUUGAUAACUUUUCAAAGCUUAAUGUCAAGAAGCUCUAUUCUGAUAUUUUCUCUGCAGGAGGCUACAAAUGGAGGAUAUUAAUUUUCCCGAAAGGGAACAUUGUGGAUCAUUUGUCAAUGUAUCUAGACGUUGCUGAUUCGGAAACUUUGUCUUCUGGAUGGAGUAGAUAUGCCCAGUUCAGCUUGAGUGUUGUGAAUCAAGUUCAUAGUAGACACACAGUUAAAAGGGAUACUCAACAUAUGUUCAAUGCAAGGGAGAGCGACUGUGGUUUCGCUUCAUUCAUUCCUCUUACUGAACUAAAUUCUUCUGCUAGCGGUUUCAUUUUGAAAGAUACAUGUAUCGUUGUAGCGGAGGUAAGAUUGAAUCGUUUGGAAGAAUCUGAAGCAGACCUCUAUACUAUUGUAAAGGUUGCCCGUGAUGAGGAUUUAACUAAACAGAUAGGAAAGGAUACAUAUUUUGAUCAUGUAGAUCAUGACAAAGUUCAUAGCUUUAUUGUCAAGAAUGAGGAGCCUUUCUACCAAUUUAAGGAAAAGGUUGCUAAAGAGUUUGGCAUACCAAAGCAUUGUCAACGAUUUUGGCGGUGGGCGGCAUUCGAAAAUCACCUUUACAGGUUUUUCAAGCCACUGACAUCGUUGGAGGAAAGACAAACUGUUGGUGAAUUGGGAGAAUUUUCCAGCACGGAAAUUUGUGCAGAGCUAAAGCUGUUUUUGGAAGUAGAACUUGAUUCGGAUAUGCAACCUGUUGCUCCUCCAGAAAAGACUGAUGAUGAUACAAUUUUAUUCUUCAAGCAUUAUGAUCCUUUGAAAGAGGAGCUGCGCAGGUAUGUCGGGAGGCUGUUUGCAAACAAACAUGAGGAGCCUGUCGAGAUAUUGACAAAGUUAAACAAAAUGGCUGGAUUCACUCGUAAUGACAAAAUUGAACUUUUUGAGGAGAGAAGGUUUGAAGUUGAACCCUAUAUCUUGUCUGAUGAACCCAGUUGGCUGAGCUUCGCAUUUGGUGUUAGUCCGCUUGUGAAUGGUGGCGUCAUUUGGUUUCAGAAAGUUCGAGCUGAAAUUAGUGGACAGUGUCGCUAUCCAGAUAUUCCUUCUUUCUUUCAGUUUGUGCGUGGCCUCAAACGCCAGGAAUCAACUUUCGGAGAAAUAGGUUCCUCUUCCUUUGCUGCAUUAGACAUGUUGUUUUCCGACAUUAAUUAUGUCUUAAAAGGCUAUUCGGCCAGCUUGCAGCCCUCUCAACUUACUGAUAAUGAGAUUGCCGCUGCAUGGGAAACCUUUGAAAAAUGCCUCGCUAUGAAGCUUGUCAGUGUCAUUAAAUUGGGGAGAGCGCUUGAAUUCAAGAAUUCACUUUCCAAUUUGCUUACUGCAAAUGCCUUUCCCGAUGAUAUGGUGGAUGAGAUGACCAAGUUUCUAGCAAACUUCGACCGGAGUUGUGAGUUAUACAUGUCUGCAGAGCAAGAGCUAAGAGACGCCAAAGAGAUGCAAAACUCAGUAAGCAGGCUCAAGACUGUUCUGAAGGAAUUGUCCUUUGAAUUCACACCUAUAAGGAAUCGAGCUAAAGAGGUUGAUCAAGAAGUUGCUGAGCUAGAGGGACAGUUGGCUGAAAGGAAAGAAGAGAAAACAAAGCUCAGGACCAGUCUUGAAGAUUUGGCUGGUCGAGCAAGUACAUCAAGGCAGGCGCUGAUCAAUGCCGAACAGGAAAUGAAGCUGUUUAUGCACAGAAAGGAACAAGCGGAGGAGACGGUUGGUGACAUUGAAAGGUCGUGGGAGUCCUUGAAGAAAGAGUAUUAUUUCUGACUUCUUAAACCUUUAUACAUUUUAGGCUUCCAAUAGUUGAGAACAAUUUAUUAUGAAUCUUUAAAACAUCCAAGAUACUUGGAUUUAUCCUCCAGUCACUUGAAAAUGUUACCUAAUAGAGUCUAUAAUUUGCACAAUUUGAAAAUACUACUGUUGUCAUGCCAUCAAAAUCUUACCGAUCGCCGACCCAAGAAGAUAGGAGGCGCGGUCAACUCCAAGCAACUUGAUGUUAAAAAACACACCUUUGAUGGACAUGCCACAGGACUUAUAUA